CCACGUAGGCACCCUAUUUUUGGCCUGUUUUCAACCCCGGCUCUAUGGCUUUUUUGUUGGACCAUUAAACUCCUCCUUCAGGAUUUGACGUCCUUCCAGCGGAACAAUUAUUGAGGUGUGUGUGUGUCUAUGAUAGAGAGAGAGAGUAAUGGCGAAAUUUGAUAGAGCUUCUUUAUUGUUAGUGUUGUGUGUUACAGUGAUAAUAUCACUAUGGAUGCCAAUAUCACAGUGUUCGGCGGAACCAGUUAAGUGUGUAGCGGACACAGAAUGUGAUGCCUGUUCAAAGUUGGCAAUACAGCUAUAUGACGAAGUCGAAGAUAAACUAGCUGAGAUCUUUUCCAGAAAAGAGACCCCGGCAGCUGAAAUUAUUGAAAUUGCAACAAAUCUAAUUAAUGAAAAUGCGGAGAAUGUUUGUAAUCGAAAGCGGAAGGAUGUUGAAGAAUGCGGUCCAGAAUGUAAAUUUUGUCGAAAGGUUUUGCCCGGUUUUGAUACUGGAGUUGCAACAUACCUUUAUAAUAACUACCGAGACGUUCAUAAUUUCAUAAAGUAUGUCUGUAAGGACCUCGCCGAAGCAUGUGGAAAGCCACCACAACCUUUUAAGGAUGAUAGGAAGCAAUGGCCCACGAAAGUCAAAAAUAAAGCAAAAGAUGCAUACCACAAAGUCAAAAAUAAAGCAAAAGAUGCUGGGAAAAGUUUUCUUGGUUGGUUAAACCGCCGGUGGCCAUCGAAGUCCAAAACAGUCACAGACGAGCACGAGCACGAGCACGAGCACGAGCACGAGCUGUAAGCCCAAGAUUUGCGUUGGCAACAUCGGUUCCUUCUCUUCUUCAUUUCCCUGUAUAUAUUUACUUGCACAAUGGGACUGCUUUUUAUCAUCACUUUGGUAUUUCUCAAUAGAAUCUUGGGUUUGAUAAUUGAUCUUGUUGUGCAACGUUGCCUCUUCCUCCAAAAUUUAUGACUUCAAGAUGUGCUGCUAUAGACAUUUGACUGGAUUUUGAUACUCAAAAUACUUUGUGUUAAUGGAGAUUGCAAGAAGCAGAUACAUUUAUGUUUAGACUUUGGUUUACGAAAAUCGAGUUUCAAAUUUUCAUGAAGACUCGUGAAAUAUUCGAGUUAUUCGUGUCCAA